AUGGGUGAAGACAGAAGCUGGAUGUAUUUUUCUAGAUGGGUGCCUGAAUUUGAAAAUGGGUUGUUGAACUUUCUUAAUAUAUCAUUUGCUAAAGCAUCUUCGGGAGGUCAAAUUAAAUGCCCUUGUAGGCGGUGUAAAAAUCGAUAUUGGUAUCGUAGAGAUGAGGUGUAUAAUCAUGUGAAAAGUGAGGGGUUUGUGGAAAAUUAUGAUUUGUGGAUUUUUCACGGAGAGGAUCCAUCAUCAUUGAAAACUACAAGAGAUUUAUAUGACGAUGUUCCAAGAAUGCAUGAUAACAUUGAUGAAUUAUUGCAUGAUAGAUUUAGAGAUGUCGUAGAGGAAACAAGUAAUGUACAACAAGGUCCAAAUGAGGAAGCCAAAAAGUUCUAUAGGUUGGUUGAAGAGGGUAAACAAGAGUUGUAUCCUGGGUGCAAGAAUUUUUCUAAACUUUCUUUUAUCAUUAGGUUGUUUAUUUACAAGACACUUCAUGGACUUAGUAAUGUAGCAUUAAAUGAUCUUCUACAGCUCUUAAGGGAAAUGAUUCCAGAUGCAAAGCUUCCACCAAAUUUUAAUGAAGCUAGAAACAUAUUGAGAAAUUUGGGUUUGGAUUGUCAAAAAAUUUAUGCAUGUCCUAAUGAUUGUAUGUUAUUUUGGAAAGAGCAUGAAAAUGAUAAUGAGUGUCAUACAUGUCAUGCUUCUAAGUGGAAACAAUCACAAGAAAAAGAUGGCAAGAAACCAAAUAAUGAGGCUGAGAAAAAACUGUCAAACAUUCCAGCUAAAGUAUUGUGGUAUUUUCCUCUAAAAUCCCGAUUGCAAAGAUUAUUUAUGUGUGCUGAAUCUGCUAUGUAUAUGACAUGGCAUGAUAGAGGACGUCAUAAAGAUGGUAAUUUAAGACAUCCGGCUGACGGGAAAGCUUGGAAAGAGUUUGAUAUGUUGUAUCCUGAUUUUGCAAAAGAACCUAGAAAUGUAAGGCUAGGCUUGGCUAGUGAUGGUUUCAAUCCAUUUCGAACAAUGAGUAUUGCUCACAGUACAUGGCCUGUGGUGUUGGUUAACUAUAAUUUACCACCAUGGAUGUGUAUGAAGCCAGAGUACUUUAUUUUGUCUUUGCUAAUUCCUGGCCCUGAAUCUCCUGGGAAUAAUAUUGACGUCUACUUGCAACCCUUGAUUGAUGAGUUAAAUGAGUUGUGGAAUGAUGGGUUAGCAACAUAUGAUAAGUUAAAAAAUGAAACUUUUCAAAUGCAUGCAGCCCUAACAUGGACCAUUAAUGACUUCCCAGCUUACUCAAUGUUGUCGGGAUGGAAAACUAAAGGCAAGUUUGCUUGCCCUUGUUGUAAUUAUGAAACUAGUUCUUUGUACUUGAGUCACAGCAGUAAAACAUGCUAUAUGGACCAUCGCAGAUUUUUAGACUUGGACCAUCCAUGGCGUCGUAAUAAGAGUUCUUUUAAUGGGCAUACUGAGGAUAGGCCACCUCCAACCCCUUUGACCGGGGUUGAGGCUUUGAGAGACUUGUCUAACUUUAAGAAUGAAUUUGGGAAGACUCGAAAGAAAAAAAAUGAUGCCACAUGUCCUUGGAAAAAGAAGUCAAUAUUUUUUGAAUUGCCAUAUUGGCAAUUCAAUUUAUGUCGGCAUAAUCUUGACGUGAUGCACAUUGAAAAAAAUAUUUGUGAUAGCUUGAUAGGGACAUUGUUGGAUGUAGCUGGUAAGUCAAAGGAUCAUGCAAAAGCUCGAUUUCACCUUAUAGAAUUGGGGAUCAAAGAAAACCUUCAACCUGAGCUAUCUCUUGAUGGUGAAAAUGUUGUUUUGCAAAAGGCAUGUUAUGCUAUGUCUAAAAUUGAAAAAGAUAUUUUCUUUCAUGCCAUAAAGGGAGUCAAAUUGCCUUAUGGGUUGUGCAUCAAACAUAGCAAGGUGUGUACGCACUUCAGAAAGAAAAGUGGCUGUAAGGUUGUUAAGCUUGAAGAUCUCGAUCAGUUGGAAACAGAAAUUGUUGAAAUAUUAUAUGAGCUUGAGAAGAUAUUCUUACCAGCCUUUUUCGAUAUUAUGAUGCACUUACCGAUUCACUUGAAUAGUGGAGUUUCUGUAAGAGCAUCAACUCCUAGCUUUGCAAGCUCAAGGGACAAAAAUCCUGUGGUUGGAGAUGUUGACUACUAUGGUGCAAUAAUUGAAAUAAUAGAACUCAAUUAUUGGUCCAAAUCCAAAGUAGUUUUGUUCCAUUGUGAGUGGUACCAAGUGGAGAAAGAUGAAUAUGGUCUUCCUUGUGUUAAUAUGAAGAAGCUGUGCUCUUUGAAUGAUCCUUAUGUCAUGCCUUCUCAAGUACAUCCAGUAUUUUAUGUACCAGAUCCUCUAGUAGACAGCCUUCAAUAUGUUAUGAAUCGUGUUCCUAGAGAUCUAUAUGAGGGUGAUUAUGGUAUAAAUGAUGGAAACACAUACUGGUCCGAACUUCAUGAUAAUGAGAUACAUCCAGUUUUACAAGUUGGGGUUGAAGACAUUCAGUUAUCAAGAGAGGAUAUGUGUCCGAUCUUUAUUGGUGCAAAUACAAAUUUAGAAGACAUAAAUGGAGAUGAUGACAAUGAUGAUGAUGAUUCUGUUGAUGAAACUUUAUGGGAUUGGAUGAAUGCCGAUGAAGAACAAGAAGCUGAUGAUGAUUAA